AUGGAAACAUGGGAUGAACUUGAUAAUAAAGAAGAAGAUAAUGAGAAUAAAGAAGAAGCCAAUCUUGCUUUGGUGGCUUCAACAUUCUCAGACUCAGAAGUUGAUUCUGACUCAGAUUCAGAGGAUGUUGAUGAGGCAUUCUCUAGACUUAUUAGAUAUGAUAUAAUUACUUUUUGUCAAGAUCUUAUGGACAGAUAUAAAAUAAAUCUCCCUACUUACAUCUUAAAUCAUCUUUGUGAGGCUAUCAAGGAAAGUAAGAAGCGCAAUAAGAAGAAUGUACUAUAUGCUAGACUUCUGUCUGAACUGUUUCAUUAUAGUCGUCUGACUGAUGCCCUUAAAAAUGUUUCUGAUAAUGAAGAUCUAGAGGAAAUCCAUGGGAACAUUCUUUUUGCUUCUAUUCUAGAAAACAUGAGGCUUCUGAAAAAGAGUGAAGUGGUGUUUGUUGAAGGAGCCUCUGAAGCUGAAGCUUCUAGUUUACCAAAUAAAGUUGUAUCAGAAGCUUCUACUAACCUUGCCUCUGAAGCUGCCGGUGAAGAGAAUCAAGCUAGUCCAGAUGUUGUGGAGACUGAUAUGACAACCCCAAUAGAUGUUUCUAGUGGGAAACCCUCUUCUAGCUCUGAGUCAGAAGUUGAAGAAGCUGAGUUCAUUGCUCUUCUUAAUCUCAGACAUAAUAAUUUAUCUGUUCCGAAUGAAGCUAAACAUGCAACCCUAAAUCCACCAAAACCUAAAUCUCCACCAAAAACUCAACCUUCAUAUAAACUUAUAUCUGAAACUCAAUCAGAACACCAACCUACACCUAAAACCUCAUCUCAACCUACACCCCAACCAUCACCUAAAUCUACUCCAGAACCAGAACCUAGUCUUGUUCCGAAUCAAUCUAAAGUUUAA